AUGGAACCCGAUUUCGAACGUCGUUUAUUCAUGUCAAUGUCCGGUCAAAGUUCACUUAAUUCAUCUCCAUUUUCUUCGCCAAUAUCUACUCCCGUCAAACAUAGUGAUCGUUUCAUUCCUCUUCGAUGUUUAAGUCAACCAAACGCCUAUUACAUUGAUCAAGAUUCAUCGACAAGAAAUUCAGCACUCAUGGAUAAAAAACAAGCAAACACACGAGAUGCGACGUCAGCAUCCACAAGCAUGGGUUCAUCCGAUCGAACCAAAGAUAUUUUAACUUAUCAAGCCCUACUACAAAAUGAAAUGUUUGGCACGAGAAUCGAUACAAUUUAUGAUGAACAACAAAUGGGGGCUAGUGGAUCGAAUAGCAUAGGAGGAGCAGCAGGUAAUAAUCAACAGCAAGCGGGUGAUACAAAUGCUGGAUCAAAUGCACAAUCACAAACAGCUCAAACUCCACUACCAACAACAGUAAAUAAUCAAACGACAGGUUCAACUCCUGGCGGUCAAUCCUCGCCAUUUCUUACACCUUGUUCUACCUCUCUACCAUUGUCAUUUCGUCUCAAUUACACGAAUACAAAUCCAAAUAUUCUUCGUUCACGUGAUCCAAAUACAAUUUUCAAAUAUUCUCUCAAACGUAAUUUGGAUGAUUUACAUUAUUCACCUUACACACUUUCACCUUUAUCACCUUCAUCCAUCAAACUUUUACGCUCGCCACGAAAACAAUUGCGUAAAAUUCCUAAAACGCCGUUCAAAGUAUUGGACGCUCCCGAAUUACAAGAUGAUUUCUAUCUGAAUUUGGUCGAUUGGUCAUCAACAAAUAUUUUAGCUGUAGGAUUGAAUGCAUCCGUUUAUUUGUGGAAUGCCAAUACAUCAAAUGUAACGAGACUGUGUGAUUUACAAUCGGAGUCAGAUACAGUUACAAGUGUUGCAUGGUCAGAUCGAGGACAAUUUGUUGCAGUUGGGACACAUAAAGGUAUUGUUCAAAUUUGGGAUGCACAAUCACAUCGUAAAACAAUUUCUUUUCCUCGUCAUACGGCACGUGUUGGUGCAUUAGCAUGGAAUGAUAUGUGUAUUUAUAGUGGAUCACGCGAUCGAUUUAUUAUACAAAAUGAUACACGUUCAAAUAAACAGGAACGAAAAUUAGCUGGACAUAGACAAGAAGUAUGUGGUUUGAAAUGGUCACCUGAUCGACAAUUAUUAGCGUCGGGUGGAAAUGAUAAUCGUUUAUUAGUAUGGAAUCAAUCAUGUUCAACACCAAUUCAAACAUAUACCGAUCAUACAGCAGCUGUUAAAGCUAUUGCGUGGUCACCGCAUCAACAAGGGCUACUAGCUAGUGGUGGUGGUACAGCUGAUCGUUAUAUUCGAUUUUGGAAUACACUCACUGCUCAAAAUUUACAAUGUAUUGAUACCGGUUCUCAGGUAUGCAAUUUGGCAUGGUCAAAACAUUCGAAUGAACUUGUAUCAACACAUGGCUAUUCACAAAAUCAAAUUAUCGUUUGGAAAUAUCCGACAAUGGUACAAUUAGCACGAUUGACCGGUCAUACAUUUCGUGUGUUGUAUUUAGCUGUGAGUCCUGACGGAGAAUCGAUUGUAACGGGUGCAGGUGAUGAGACAUUGCGUUUUUGGAAUGUAUUUACAAAAUGUCGAGCAAAUAAAGAAUCAAAUAGUGUACUAAAUUUAUUCAAUAAGAUCAGAUAG